UGGACAACUGGUGAUGUCAUUGGGGUGACCGACAGAAGGGGCGUGUCAGUGCGGGUUGGGUUGAUGACACAUGGUACAUGAUGUAAAAAUGACGUCAGCGCAGGGUGGGUCUAGUGACGCCGCAGCGUGGCGACGCUACGUCGCACUGCCGCCAGCCUAGGCCUGAGCGCCGCGAGCUGUCGCCGUGGACCGGCGCCGGGUCGUGGGCCAUCAAGUGGCGCCGAGGUCCUGAGGCUGACGGCUGUUGCAUGCACUAGGAUGAUGCGGUGCCUCUCCUUGCCCUCCUGCUGGGACCGACAGUGCACCUUUGGCCUGCUCCUGGCCUCACAGCUCCUGUUCCUGCUUUAUUAUACAUUCGGCGGGAUCCGCAGCGUGGCUUCCCUGCUGUGGCGGGGGCCCCAGCCUGUCUGGGACUACUCCAGGACGCAGGACGUCUACACCAACAUCAGCCUGAUCCAGCAGCCUGUACCAGGGACCCAACACCUUUUCUAUUGCCCCCAGCAACCUCCCCAUCUAGUUGGCCCACUGGCCAUUUCCUUUAACCGGACGCCCUCACUGGAUGAGAUCCAGGUCCGGAACCCUCUGGUGAGGCCGGGAGGGUUCUAUGCACCGCCGAACUGCCAGGCCCAUCACCGGACGGCUGUGAUUGUUCCGCACCGACACAGGGAGCCUCACCUUCGGCACUUCCUCUACUACCUACACCCCUUCCUGCAGCGGCAGCAGCUACAGUACGGGCUCUACGUCAUUCACCAGGCUGGGAACGAGACCUUCAACCGUGCCAAGCUGCUGAAUGUGGGCGUGAAGGAAGCGAUGAAGGAUGAAGACUGGGACUGCCUCUUCCUCCACGACGUGGAUCUCAUCCCAGAGAACGACCACAACAUUUACACUUGCGACCCUGACCACCCAAAGCAUGUCUCCAUCGCCAUGAACAAGUUCGGCUACCAACUGCCGUACAAGACGUACUUUGGAGGUGUAUCUGCCGUGACACCUGAGCAGUACCUACGAAUGAAUGGAUUCCCCAAUGAGUACUGGGGCUGGGGGGGUGAAGAUGAUGAUAUCGCUACCAGGUUGCAGCUGGCCGGUAUGAGCAUCUCCCGCCCCUCUCUCUCUUUGGGGCGCUACAAGAUGAUCAAACACAACUUGGACCAAGGAAAUAAACAGAACCCACGGAGGUUUGACCUACUACUCCGCACUCGCCGGUCCUGGACCCAGGAUGGGAUGAACUCUCUGGUCUAUACUAUCCUUGCUCGCCAGCAGCUUCCUUUGUUCACCAACGUGACCGUGGACAUUGGCCCAGCUCCUCGACAGCAGCGAGGGACUCUCACACCCCCCUCACUUGCAGGGGCUUCUCUGUCACAGAGGUCGAGGGGAAUGUGACUUACCCCUGCCACCUUCAAAAGUCUUGCUGUAUAUUUAUACUGGAGUCAGCUGAAAUCGUGGACUCAAUGGAUUGGGGCUGUGUCUGGCUGGGCUAUGCUCAGAGUAUUGGUUUGGUGGGAUAAGGCUGUGGGUCAGUCAGAUCUUCAGCAGCUACCGCUCGCCCCACCACAGCAUCUCUCCCCCCACUCCUGCUGUCCCAGCCAGAGCUGGUUAGGGGGCACAGACUUACGGUGUCGUUGUGGGAAUCGCUAUCUGUGUUGCUGGAUACAAUGGGGAGCAGGUAAUCACCUUGUGUGUAUGUGAGUGGUCAUGGGUGCACUGGAGUGUGUCUGACCACCCGUUCGCAGGUCUUGCAUCACCAUUUGUGUGUGUGAGCCUGUCUUUUUAAUUGUGUGUGUGUGUGUGUGUGUGUGGAACGGUAUCUGUGUGUGUAUGCCUGUGGCUGUGUGCAGCUGUAUGUCUGUGUGUAUCCAAACUUUGUCCCUGAAAACGUGUGGAAUGCGUGUCUGUCAUUUUUGAUAAUGUACCUUAAAUCUCUGUUUUAAUUUUCUAGUGAAAAUCUAUAAAUGGAGAUAAAUAGUUUAAUUUUUGUACAA